AUGAAUAACAACAACAACUCCUCCAUCAUACGCCAGUCCUCACAGGACGUGAAGGGUCGUGUGGAGGAACUGCUGAAGCCAGUCAACAAGCACACGACUUUCGUUAUCGCCGAUUUGGAAGAAUACAAAGCCUUGUAUACUGCCUACAAAUCCCUCAAGAAUCGAGUUGCCGUUGUAGCUUCUUCCGAGGAUGGCCUGCCAAGGACAGCAGCUGAGUGCGCGGCAUACGUACAGCAACUGUGCACCGCAAUCACAAACUUUACCGACAUCAUUGACAAGCCAGCUAAGAGACCAACCCUAGAACUCAACAAGGGGGUGCUUGACGAUUAUGCCAUUACCAACACCGCUAUUGAAGCGGUGAAGGCCCUUGUGCCUCUUGAGGUUCAACUCCUGGGCUGGGGCAUCUUCCAAGCUAUUUGGGCGGCACAUUUCGGAGGCAACAACAUCCCAUCCUGGGUCAAAGAAUUCAACCCCCAGGAAUACGACAGUUUCCGGACGCGAUUCAACGCCGUAGUUGUUGCGUUGACACGCAGCAAGGCAAUCGUGAAGGGCAUUCUCGACUCGGAGAUUUCAUUCAUGACGAGACUUGCGAUAGGCCCCGAGGCGGAGCUGAAGAAGCAGCUUGGCAACCACGGGUUGCAUAGCCAAAACACAGAGCAAUACGACAUCGCCCAACAAAACAUGCCGAUUCAGAAGACGGGACAGUGCGCGCAGACCGAUCUUCUGAACUUUGGUGGCAGUAGCCACAAGGAUAUCACCGUUGGUAGAACUUACGAAGAGAACGCCUGUCUCAGCGCGACGAACCGUUCUCGUAACGAAAUUUCAUUCCAGAACAAGACCAACAUGUCCGACAACUUGGCCUACGAGGGCACCAACAACAUGAACGACAAGGGAAAUAUUCAGCCCCUCUCCAUUGCAAAGGUGAAACACAACAAUCGCCCCUUCAGCACAAAUCACCUCGGCAGCAACCCCUGGGGAACCAGCGUGGACGACGCCAAAUUGGGUUCAUAUCAUCACAACCCGUCCCCUUUGGACGAUGGUAAUUUGACUUUCGAUGAGAACCAGCUUCAAUUGCACAUUGCGCCAGGCCAAGAAUGGAGCAAGAAUCAGCACACUACAGGCCCAUUUCCACAGCCUGCCGACCCUACGAGCUCCGAUCUGGGUCCUGGAGAGAUCCUUGAUCAGUUAUUCUUCGAGUUCCAGCAGGAUCGAGCCCGGCAAAGCGAAGCCCAGCAACAACAAUACCUAGAAUCAGGAAGCCAUGCCCCAGCCAGAAACCUCGCUAACAUUCUUGACGGUUAUGCCUCACCCGGUCUCCCGAGCACCGAUCCAUUUUCUGAAGAUGACAUCAACGAAUUUUUUCGGAUUUACAAUACGCACCUUUCACGCGGUUUCGUGGCAACGGAGCAGGGCAAUGCCGCCACCCAGGGGGACGAUACCUUGUAA